CAAUAUCGGCAUUGACAUUUUCCUUCUGGGUAUCCAAGUAAACUGCACGACGUAAUGUCUGGCCGAAAUAUGAGACGUUAAAUCCCCGAUGAUGGACGAAGUGCAUUCCAGAAAUAUGGAGAAUCGAGGAGAAGAACAGGAACGUCCUAAAGGACCAGUUGUGAAGACUCUUAAAUCUAAACACAAAGGCCCAGUGGAGGAUGGAGUAACAAUUGUGGACUGUGGACCAAUCUGUAAACGAUUUGGACUUGCAUGGCUAUUCACCUGUAAACAUGCAUGGUGUGUUCGGGACAUCUGUGGCUGGGUCUGUGCCAUUAUUACAUGGCUCCUGGUCCUGUAUGCUGAAUAUGUGGUGAUAUUUGUCAUGCUAUGGUAUAAUCCCAAUACAGAAUGGAGCCUUAUCAAUGGAGUUAUAUUUCAGUUCUUUGCCUUCUUAGCUGUUGCCUCACACCUUCGAACCAUGUUGUCAGACCCUGGUGCAGUGCCAAAAGGAAAUGCUACAAAAGAAAACAUACAGAGAAUGCAUUUAGAAGAUGGACAGGUGAUAUUUAAAUGUCCAAAGUGUGUCAGCAUCAAACCUGAGAGAGCUCACCACUGCAGUGUCUGUCAGAGAUGUAUAAGGAAGAUGGAUCACCACUGUCCAUGGGUCAACAAUUGCGUGGGAGAAAAGAACCAAAAAUUUUUUGUAUUAUUUACAAUGUAUAUAUGUAUCAUAUCAUGUCAUGCGCUGUAUAUGUCCAUUACCCAUUUCAUCAUGUGUGUCGGGAAGGAAUGGAAACAUUGUUCCGGGAUAUCCCCACCAGCUACAACAGUUUUCCUAAUAUUCCUCAUCUUUGAGAGUCUCCUGUUUGGCAUAUUUACUGCCAUCAUGUGUGGCACUCAGCUCUCAGGCAUCUGUACUGAUGAAACAGGUAUUGAACACCUGAAGAAGGAGCAGGUGACCUGGGAGCAGAAGUCCAAAUGGUUCAGCAUAAAGACAGUAUUUGGACACCCCUUUAGCUGGAAGUGGUUCUCUCCCUUUGAUACACCAAAGUUUACAUAUUCUCAGUCCUAUCUUUACUCAGUAUAGCAGCAGCUUGUGUCUGUCCAACUGUGGAUCAAGUCUACCACACAUUUUUAUCAUAUGUGGGUUUAAAUUUUUUUUUUUUUUUUUUAGUAUCUACUUUAUGAACUAUUUAUUGACAUUAAAUACUGUUAACAUACUUAGUUGACUUAGAUGAAGAAAAACUAUAAUUUAAAUAAUCGUAAUUCAGCAGAAUGCUUCCAACGAGAAAAAAAUCCUUUUUUGAGCUGUUAGUAGUUAUUUUCAGUAGUUAUUUUCAAUAAGUAUUUCUCAUUUUGAUUUUGAGUUCCUUUUACAGCAGUUUUAUCAAGUGAGUGUCUAUAUUAGUACAGGAUCCCACACACAUCAUUCCUUAGAGCUUUGAUCAGCUUUGGAUUUUUACCUCACAUUUACCAUGGCUGCAUGUCAUCUGAGUUUAUUGUUUACUGUAUAUAAUUGAAUUACCUGGUAUAAUUUAUGCUCUUUGUAUAACAAAUUUAUAUUGUAUAGAAUAAAUUAGUUUGACAAAAACCUUUCAUACUAAUUAAACCUUGCAUGAACAAAAUCUUCGUUUGCAUUAGAAAAUGAAAUUUAGAAAGGGGAUAACACAUUAAAUACAUGAAGAUCUUAUACCUGAAAACGGACAGUUUAAUUUUGUUAUUCUGUAUUAGACUUAAAGAGCAGAGCUCAAAGUCAUAAUAGAUGGGCUUGAUGUUUGUCUCCUGUAUACAAUAUGUUAUGUGUUUCUCUCGUACAUGCAACUAUGCUUGUGCUUUGAAAAAUUACUGUUCUGUAGAUGAUUUAGUUCAAGCUUAACACUAUUCUCAAGUAAAUGUUUUACUGAGCACAAAUGAAUUGUAAUUUGGGGGAAAUUGUAAUGUAUUGUUCUAAGUGCAUGAAAAUGAAAAUUAUAUGUUUUGAACUGAAGUCUACUUAAAGCAUGUCUUUACUGGAAAGAAGUUUUGUCUAUUGGAAAUAUGACUGAAAUAGAAUAUAAACAAGACAAUAUUCCAUAUUGAAUAUGAGUUUGACCUAGAUUUAUAAUUAAUUGAAUAUAUACUUUAUAUAUAUGUAUUAAAUUGAUUAUAUGUCACUAAAAUUUUACUACCAUGUUGAUCCAUGCACAAAUGUCAAACCCAUAAAACCACCACCACCACUACAACCAACACCAUCACCAACACCACCUCCAUCAAGUUUUCAAUAACUUUUGACCACCAUUUAUGCAUCAUUACACUGACAAGCAUUGUGAAACAUGGUAUCAAAUCACAACAUUCAGGUUUCAAAAUGUGGUUAUCAUCUUGAUGAUCUGGAGUUAAUAGUGUUGUUGCUGUCGUUUCUGAGAUAUUGUACAUGUCCCACCAAAGUUUUUGUGUAUUCAAGCACUGAGCUGUUUUGCAAAUUGAUGGUAUUAAUAAUAUCUAUCCAAAAAACAAAUUGUUGACCUUUAAAAAAGAAGGGAAAAAAAGUAACAAGACUGAGCUAGGGAUUCAAUGUUCUGUCCAAAAGUCUAUCUAAUAUAACAGAAUGUUGAGUUUAAAUUCUCUACAUACUUUAGAUUUAACUCCCUGUCCUUCAUCCUUGAGACAGAUGCUUUAUUUUCUGCUUAGCUGCCUUUUAAAGUCCUUUCCCAAAGCAUGCAUAUGCACAAGAAAGGAAUACUGCUGGGAUUGUGGUGGAAAGAAUUUGAAGCCUUCAUUCCUCUUCUGACUCUGUCAACAACUGAGUAUACUGUGCUACUAUGUAGAUACAUAGGAAAGAGGUUAAAGGCAAAUGACCAAGAGUUGUCAUCUUCAUUUUGGGUGUUCACAUGGUUUUUCAUAGUUUUCCCAGCAUUGAAUUAUCUUAAAGUGCUUUUGUCCUCCAUAAAAAUUGUAUUUAUAAUAAUUUCAAGAAGUUCAAAUUUGAAGAUUUUUUGAAUUGUGGAGAAAAUAAAUCCGUAUUGGCAUCACAAGUGAUAACUUUAUUAUUUAAUUACAUGUAUGCAUAAAACAUAGUCCACAAAUACAAGUAUUAUGUAAAUAAUUGAGGCAUUUAGACAUACACAUUGUGUACAGGGCAUAUUAAUGUAGUUGUACAUUGUAAGCUAAAGAGUAAAGCUAAAGAAUCCAAAUAGAGUAUAUGUACAGAUUCGAUGUAUGUACAGUAAGAAAAUAGUCAUUCUCAAAAUCAAUAAAAUGAGUUCAAAAUGCUGACAAAAAUCUUGAUACAGAUUUCCACGGAUACCCUUGAACUGUGUUAAAAUAAACCAGGUGUUCCAGGGGGAUAAGCGUCUGCUGCUUUAUCAGCAACACUAUGUAAAUCUAAGUCCAAUAAAUAUGAUGCUACUGAUGCUAAUGAGAACCAGGAUGCUGACAACAAAACCAGAACUACAUUUGUAUACUUAUAGGUCUAGUUUAGACUAGUAACUUUUGUAUGUAAACAAAAGCUGGCGGAAUUUUAAUCAACUGUUGUGGUGAGGCGUCAUUUGAAGUACCACAAAGCAGCGACAUUUAAAUACUGUCACAUCGUGUAUAUCUCGCUGCUAACUUGAGAUGGUUCGUGGUGGUUACAAUUUGGAAUGAAUCUACAGCAAAUCUUGCGUGUGUUUGUAACCCAAGCUCUAUUCUCCAUCAUUAAAACACUUAGCGCAUGAGAAUUUUUCAGUGGAUUAAAGUUGUCAUUUGCUGUUUAGUUUACCGUAAUAAUAAUUUACCUUACGUUUGGCUUCAUUUAAAAUGUGUCUCAUUUGCGAUGUAUGCAUUGCCACAAUUUGAGUUUAAAUCUAAUGACAAUUUAGGAAAAAAGGUCUUUGCUAUCAGAAUGUCAUACUUGUCACAUCACAAUGUUAAUCCAUGUGAAAUGAAGCACCUUUCGGAAGCCUGUUGUUAACGAUGAUCUGAAGAUGACAAAUAAUUAUCCAAGGUGUCAAGUAGGCAGAUAGAAUAAUUGAAUUCGAAAUUUCCUGUUUGCGUUGGUUGUAAUCACCAGUUAUGCCACACAUGAUAUGGUAACAUGAUCUGCACUAGAGCCGGUAGGAGGCGCUGCCAGGAUCAUCACUACCGUAAUCUGUGUAAUGGGAUCGUGUUUGCUGAUACAGUUGUGAUGCAUCGGAAUGAGAGCCAUAAGCCGUACAGAUCGUUGUAAGAUUGCAAUUUGAAGUACAAAGUCAUCAUUAUAACAAAUAAAUGUAUUUUUCAGACAAUAUCAUAUCUCUGACGAUAGCUGUAAGUUACCAGGUUUGCCCAUCCCUUCAGGUAAUGUUGUGUUAGCUCAUUAAAAAAAAACCUUUAAUGAUUUGAUUUUGAAUAAUGAUGACAGACAAUGAUUCUGUAAAGUUGUCCUCUUCAUUAUAUCAUCGAUUACUAUUAUAGUUCUUAAAAAAAAAAAAAAUUCGUUGCAUUUUAUGAAGUCGUCAUUUCAUGAUGUCAAAUGUUGUUUUUUUUUUUUUUGUAUUACUUAUUACAAUUUAUCCAUAUAGUUACAUGAAAAUUCAUUUACUGCUGAUCAUUGGAAACUGAAAUUAAAAAAUAUAUAUAUUUAGAAUGCUAUGAUUCACUCAAAGAUGUCUUUGCUAUAGGCCUAUAGAUAGUGUCAUCGACUUCUCUUUUGCAAUGUGUUGCCUUAAAUAUAUUACAUACGAAAUAUUGCAUACACUCAUGAUCUAUAUCUAUAUUUUGUGAUUUGAUUCUUUCCACAAUAAAUAGCCACCCUCGAAAAUAUGCAUUAUGUCAGAAACAGGUUUAAGGUAGCAUGGUGUUAGACAAUAGAUUAUAGAGUGUAUGUGUGUAUUGUAUACAACUAUCAUCUGGUCCCAUGGUUUGAGUAACACUAUAUAUAUCCUGAACGUUUUGUACAUGAUAGUUAAAUAGGUUACAAAAGGUAUUGUAUGUGAAAGUGUAAAAAUACAGACCAUCAAUUUAGAUGAAAUAAUAUGGAAAUGUGGAAGUGAAAUAUUUUGUUUAAAGUCAUACAUGUCGGAUUUAGAUCUCGUAUCAUUUCAUUGUUGAUUAGAUAUGUGCUGUGAGGCAUUAGGUAUAUUUGACAUGAAUAUGCUUGUCUCCUUGAUGUCAGGCUCCAAUGAGUAAUUGACUGUUUGAGGAUCUUAAAUUAAGGAUGAUUAUUCUAGGUAUAUGUAAAGCAAACAUUUCUUAAUUGAAAACUUUUAUGUUCAGUCCGAAUAAGUGACAGCAUCUCCUGGUUAUAUUUGAUUUUAUGUGAAUUUAUUUCUAGAGGAUAGUAAAAACAUGUUGGCAUUUCUUGAAAUACUCGGAUGCUUGCGUUGGUGUGUGUCGUCGCGUAGUCUAAACUGGUCUCAAUCUCAAACAUUUAUUUGUACAUGUCAUUGCAUUAUUAUACACUUAAUUAAUCUUUGAUCGCGACUGUCAAUUAAUCUUUGAUCGCGACUGUCAACAUACUGGCAAGCAUAAACGCCUCACUGAAUAAGAAACUCCUAAUUAUAUUGACACUACUGUUUUCCGUACUCUUCAUCAAUUUUAUGGGAUCGUUCUUGAAAGCAUAUAGCGCUUUGGUAGUACCGAGGGCAAUGCAGCCAUGAGCGAGUGAACCAAUUGGGAGACAUUCAAAUAUAGACUCGUAAUACAGUGGACUUUAUGGCAUUUUUCAUCCAUCAAAUUAACGGACAACAUAUUAUCAUUUAGCAUCACAGUAUUGGGGUUUUAUGUAGAGGUAUUUAUAAGCAAGUUAAUUCUCUACUGUUUGCUAUUUUGUCCUGAUCUCGGCAGUAUUUUUAAUUUAAUAUCUUUACGUGUGCCGCAGUAAGAGUAAUUUGGCAUAUAUAUGUUAAUUUUCAUCUGAAUGACACAAAGAAAAUCGGCAGCUUGUCUUUAAAUUCACAUUAAAGAUGUAGAUAAUGCAUUCGGGUCUACAGAUCUAAAUGUUUAUGUGAUGUAUAGCUUUAGGUCUCGCACAAGUAAUUCUGUCUAUCAGAUGCUGAACCAUGCCCCUUUAAGAAAAAGAUAUAAAAUGGGUACUUCCUAUAUACGAACGAAAAUAAAGGGUAAUGUGACAUAAUGUCUUAGAUUUAAGGAUGAAAAAAAUACACUCUUGAAAUAGUAUUACGUAGGAUUACAGGUGCACAAAGGCGUGAAUUCCCCAGGUGGCGGUUCCCCAGUCCACUGUAAAUAUCGGGGUUACUGUCUUUCGAGUACUAGUGUGCUCUUAUAUAAGCCAUUAAACAUAUCCAGUAACAUCAUUAGUUGGGUCGCGAAAACUUUAAACGUUAAUUUGAUAUAAAUUCUUCAUCAUUUGAACUUCAAAUGAGCGAUUGAGGGGAUGAAGUCACUUGUAAUUACGUAAAUUCUUCAUCAUUUGAACUUCAAAUGAGCGAUUGAGGGGAUGAAGUCACUUGUAAUUACAUUAGCAGAAUAAUUAGAUGAGACCUUAAAUGCAUAUGUAUAUAUACAAUAUAUAUAUAUAUUAUUUACAAGUGCUUUUCUUGCUGCUAGCUCAGAUAUUCAUUGCUUUAUUGGAAGUUGAGUACUUGAUUGGUGUUAUUAGAAAUGUCACUUAUUUGUUGUGGUAAUUCAGGAGAGAAUCAAAACGUAUUCGUCUUGUUCGGUUCAGCAAUUUAAAAUAUGAUAUUGUAUAGUGAUGUGUUUGAAGUCAUUGUCUUUAGGUUUGUAUUACGGAAGUUGUGUUUUUAUGUCGAAAUUGAACCAGAACUGAUCGGGUUUUUUUUUAUUAAUUAUAUCAUUAUUUUCCACUUUUGAUUGUUGCUCCAUAACUCCAAGCACCAGAAACAUUAUGUAAACCUCUAAGGCGAAUAAGUUAUAUUUGAUAGUGAUAAGAACCGCAUCGCCAUAUUUUUUUGUGAAUAUUAAUAUGAAAAAAUGGUGGAAGUUGCUAUCUAUAUGUCUUUUUCAUAAACAGACAUAUUUAGAAAUGAUAUAGGAAGCCAAAAGAGUUAAACCAAUUGUGUAUAUUUGCUUCAUGAAAUUCAUAUUAUGCUACAGCAACUAAUACGAUAUUUGUUUCGGAUUUCAAAACAUUGGAUUGUGACUAUAUCAAAAUGUUUUAUUACAUGUGUAACUACAGAAUCUGAAUUCAUUGUACAUAGAUUUCGAGUGUGUUUAUUGUGUAAAAAUGACCAAUUUUAUAUGAUAUAUUUAGGGUAGAUUUUUUGUAAAUGGAAUGAUAAAAUAUUAGAACAUUAUAUAUUUAUGUUGGAGUUGUUUGAGAGAAUGUCGUAUUUAAUAUAAGAUUGUUAUAGACAUUAGAUAUAGAAUGGUUUUGUUUGUGAGUGUGGUAAACUAUGUUUCUAGAUUAUUAUAUAGAAAUGAAAUAUUUGUAUACGAAGUAUUAGACAGAAUCAGACAUGUUAUUUAUUGUUUUUGGUAUUUGGUUCCUCAUGUAAUGGGUUGUUCUGGUGAACAUAUGUAUGUAUUUCUGAUAAUCUUCUAGACUCAUUAAAAAGUGUCCGUGACUAGUUUUUACUAAACCCAUUACAGUAACGUUUAAGACACUUAUUCAAGCACCUGGUUCUAUUUUAGAGAGUAAACUUACAUCACUGGGUUCGUAUAAAAAAUGUUAAUAUUGUUGUGGUAGAAUUUCGCGGUUAAUGCUUGAGAGGAUGUAUAUUAAUCAGAACGUAAAUUAAACAAUGCUUUUCGUCAAUUGCGAAUCUAAACAUUCCUCAAGAGUUCGAAAUGUAAAAGAAAGUCAUAAAAUUAUAAAGAACAUGGUAAAAUAUUUCAAAUGACCAACAAUGAAUAUUCACCAAAACAUGUGCAUGAAAUGAUUAUUAUGCUCUUGUCGAUGUUACAUUUAAAUCUUUGCGACAUGUGAAAACAUUCCAUUUUUAUAUCAUUAUAUAUCACUUUACUACGUAUGAACAAAACGGAAACCUCAUGAUUUUCAAUCAUAUUUAAAAUAAUUAGUACGAGAUGCAAUAGUAAAAACAAAAUGGUUUAGUAUAAUCAAUAAAUGGCGAUACAUAUUUCGAUUAUCAAUCGGGAAUUUAGAAAAUGCAACAAAUUUUAUGUAUUUAAUAAGUAUGUUGAGCAUACUGAUGAGCCAUUUUUGUGAAAUCAACCUAAUUAGUUUGUCUUAAAAGCGAAAUCUCGUGUAAAAGUUUCCAUAUUAUAAUCGGAAAUAAUAUCAAUUGUAUACCAAUACAAAAUGUAGCAUUUGAACACUAUUAGUUACGCUGCUCGUUUUUAUGUUUGUAGCGUAUUAUUCGCCAUUGUUAUGCGUGUUCUUGUGAUCAGAUUUUGAAAGUGAUCAGUCCUCCCUCUCUAUGAAACCACCAGUAGACACCUGUAUAUAUGCACGUUGAUACCGCAUUGCACGUACAAUUGUUAUAAAUCUGAUUUCACAUGUUAAGGGUCAUCAAUGAAUUUAUGAAACUUUAUUUCCGUCAGACACCCACCGCCCUACUAAGUAGGAAGUGAUGUUCAUUUGCUUAGUACAUUUUGCCAGCUACAUAUAAACUGGCAAAUGUAGGCGAAAUUAUAAUUAACUUCCUGUUUAUCAUGGGAAAUUUUGAUGUAGGUAAAUCAUUUUAUGACAUUGUCGACUUUGGGACACCAAGAAGUCGGGCGAUGUCGGGUAUUGUGAUGAUGAGAUUUAUUACAUCUACCGUCAAUUUUAUCAUUGUUAUAUUUUCAGAUGUGAUGUAUUUUCAUUUGAUUAACAAUAAAAUGAACAAAAACAUG